AUUUCCGGUCGGGAAAUGUUCGAGUUCAACCCAGCGUUUGUUAACGAAGGCGAAGAGAUCGAUGGCGAUAUCUGUGAUUCUCGGCUUCGUGAGCAAGAGGAAGGCGAAGAGGAAUACGAGAUUCAUGAUAUCGAUAUCUCUGCUUUCGAUGUCGGUUCUAUGGAAGGUCCUGAAGUCGACGAUGCUACCCUCCCAGCUGACGAAAUGGCUGCUGCCAAUGAGGCUGAUUCUUCGCGGAAAGGGACGAAUGCGCUUCCGGUGGAAACGUCAAUUGAAUUCGUUUGCAAGUGGUGGCUGGGAGGAGCCGCUGCAAAACUGAAGAGCGGCAGCGAGAGUAGUGAAGAAGUUCUCAGGGUAUGUAAGACGGGCAAACAGGAAUGGCAAGGGAUGGAGGCUUCGGUGAGGUUACGUGGUGGUGAGUUAAAGUUCAUUUGGUAA